AUGUGCGCCGCCGAGGUGGACUCUCACAUAGCUCAGAGAUUCCGCAUCAAGCGACGACUAGGAAAAGGGGCCUAUGGCAUCGUGUGGAGAGCAGUGGACCGCAAGACAGGCGAGGUGGUGGCCAUUAAGAAGAUCUUCGAUGCCUUCAGGGAUAAGACGGACGCGCAGAGGACCUUCCGGGAGAUCAUGCUCCUUCAGGAGUUUGAGGGCCACCCCAACAUUAUCCGCCUCCUGGACGUGAUCCGAGCACAGAAUGACCAGGACAUCUACCUGGUAUUGGAAUCUAUGGAUACGGACCUGGGCACAGUGAUCGCCAAGGGCUCAUUGCUGCAGGACAUGCACAAACGCUACAUCUUCUACCAGCUGCUGCGGGCCACCCAGUCCCUCCACGCUGGCCGGGUCAUCCACCGUGACCAGAAGCCGUCCAACGUCCUGCUUGACGCCAACUGUUUAGUGAAGCUGUGUGACUUCGGCCUGGCCCGGCCCCUGGGUGGUGAGGCCGAGGGGCCUGGGGGCCAGGCCCUGACGGAGUACGUGGCCACGCGCUGGUACCGCGCCCCGGAGGUGCUGCUCUCCUCGCCCUGGUACACCCCGGGGGUGGAUAUGUGGAGCCUGGGCUGCAUCCUGGGCGAGAUGCUGCUGGGGAGGCCUCUGUUCCCGGGCACGUCCACGCUGCACCAGCUGGAACUCAUCCUCCGGGCCAUUCCACCGCCCACUGAGGCCGACCUGCUGGCUCUAGGCUCCAGCUACAGCUCCUUGGUUCUGCAUCACCUGGGCGCCCGAUCUCGGCAGGACCUGCACGCCCUCCUACCGCCCGACACUCCCGCGCAAGCGCUGGAUCUCCUGCAGCGGCUGCUGGUAUUCGCUCCGGACAAGCGACUGAGCGCUGCGCAGGCCCUGCGGCACCCCUACGUGCAGAGGUUCCACUGCCCCGGCCAGGAGUGGACGCGAGAGGCGGCCGUCCAGCUGCCAGCGCCCGGAGAGCUCCAGCUAUCGGCGGCGGAGUACCGCGACCGCCUCUACCAGGUGCCCCCGCGCAGUGCACCUCGCGGAUGCUUCUGCAGCGCAGACAUCGCGGAAGAGGCCGGACACCCGAGGGCCCGGGCUGCGCGCCGCCAGGGACAGAGCGCAGGGCCUCGCGGGCUCGGCCUGCGCAGGAGCCCGCAACCCUGCUUCAAGGAGGCGGCCAUGACGGCGAGCGCGGUGCGUGCUGCGGCCCUGGCUCCCGCGGUGAGGCCAGGCGCGGGGGCACCGGCGCCUUCCCUGACCUCGGAGGCCACAGCCCAGGCAGCUAACCGCGUUCUGCUCCGUGAUACCCGGACGCGGGCCUGCGGCCGGGGCCCUCGGCGCUCUCCCCCGGGCCGCCCACGGCCAUCACUGUGCGCCCAGGUGCCUCUCCGCGAGGCCACGGAGCCUAGGCCGGGACGGAAGCAGUUUGGCGCGGCCGCCUCGCAGGGGGCGCAGGGCGCCGCCCGGGCCGCGCUCGGCGGCUACUCGCAGGCCUAUGGGAUCGUCUGCGGCUCGGCGCUGGCCCGCCUGCCCCUGCUCCCGGGGCCGCGCGCCUAG